AUGGUGAUGCCAAUCAAUGGAGCUACUUCUAUGAGCUACAUGCUGGUUGGCCAGCCGCUACUUCUGCCGUACGGUGCUGUCCGAACCUACCAUCAAGGCAUCACGGCGACAACUCAUCCAGGAGUCAAAUUCGUGCCCACACCAGUCGAUUCUAAUCAUCACGUAAUUUAUCACAUUCACGAAGCGCUACUCUCGGAAGCAGUACAGUCAAUAUGCAGUCGGGGAUACAUGGACGGGAACAUCACAGUGGACGACGAGAUGGUCCACGUAGUCUGUCUCAGUGCAGCAAUUUCCGUAAAAAAUAUGGAAGCUCUGAAUACAGCCAACAUCAUGCUGGCUCUCAUAUUGACUUUCGAAGACGGGCGCGAAAGGCUUCUCUCGAAAAACUACAGCGUUUCAAUUCUCCAUAGCAGUAACCUGGCAAUUCUUUUCCGACUGAAGUCAGAAAUCGUGAAUAUUAACGAUCACUUCACCUCCAGGUACAAUGAUCAGAUUUUCUCGAUCAUUUCUGAAGUGUUGCGCUCACACGUAUAUCUGCCGUUACCUGUACUGCUGGCCGCCAGACCAAGCUGCGACCGAGUGAAUUCAGGCUCCUGGCCAGAUCGAAUAAUUUUCGCCACGGAUUUCGUCUUCAAAGGAGGAUGA